AUGCUAUUUCUUCGUAAGGAAGUCUUCACCCAGGUGGGAAGAUUUGCGGCUGUUAACGCAAAUGCAUCCACCAAAUUUUGCUCGUUACGAUUUGCUCACAAACCAUCCUUUACUGCUGACUCUUAUCCUUCUCUUCAGCGGGAUUCCCGUUACGCUACUUUAAAUCAAGCAGACGUCGAUUUCUUAAAAAGUAUACUCAAAACCGAAGGAGGAUCCAUUGUCAAUGGUCUUGAUCAAUCUACCGACCCUUCCGAUUUAGACGCUUUCAACACCGAUUGGACUCACAAGUAUCGCGGGAAAACCGAAGUGGCCAUCAAACCAAAAACAACGCAACAAGUAAGUCAAAUUCUUAAGUACUGCAAUUCUCGAAAACUUGCUGUCGUUCCCCAGGGUGGAAACACUGGUUUAGUCGGUGGCUCUAUCCCUGUUUUUGAUGAAAUUGUUUUAAAUUUAGGUCUUAUGAACAAAAUCCAUUCUUUUGACGAACUUUCUGGUGUUCUCAGUUUAGAUGCUGGUGUUAUUUUGGAAAAUGCAGACUCCUUCUUGGCUGAAAAAGAUCACAUGUUUCCUCUAGACCUCGGUGCUAAGGGAAGCUGUCAAGUUGGUGGCUGUGCUGCUACUGCAGCCGGCGGCCUUCGUUUGCUUCGAUAUGGUAGUCUUCGUGGAACGAUCCUCGGAAUCGAGGCCGUCUUACCUGACGGUACCAUUCUUGACAACAUGGUUACCUUACGCAAGGACAACACUGGUUUGGAUCUCAAGCAGCUUUUCAUUGGAAGUGAAGGUUAUUUAGGUAUCAUCACUCGUCUAACUGUUAUAUGCCCUCGUAGACCUCGUUCAACCAACGUUGCAUUCUUUGGAGUAUCUUCUUACGAAAAUGUCCUCAAAGCAUUCUCCGAAUCAAAGGCCUAUCUUACAGAGAUCCUUUCUGCUUUUGAAUUGAUGGAUAAUACCUCCCAACGUCUUGUGGAUGCUCACAGCUCUACUCAACGCCCACUCGAAGAUGAACACCCCUUUUACGUUUUACUUGAAACUCAGGGUUCCAACAAAGAACAUGAUGAGCAAAAGUUGAAUGCGUUAAUUGAACAUUUGAUCGAGGAUGAAGUAAUUACUGACGGUGUAAUAGCUCAAGAUGAAAGUCAAUUACGCGUGCUUUGGGAACGUCGAGAGGGCAUUACUGAAUGUCUGGCUAAAGCUGGUUCUGGUGUUUACAAAUAUGACGUUUCUUUACCUUUAAAAGUAUUAUACGACUUGGUAAACGACACCAAGCAAAGAUUGACUGACUUAAAGUUACUUGGUGAGUCUUCUGAUCAUCCCGUCAUUGAUGUUGUAGGUUUUGGUCACAUGGGUGACGGAAACUUGCACUUAAACAUUGCUGUUCGAAAAUAUGACAAACGUGUCGAAAAAGCUCUUCAGCCUUGGGUAUUUGAAUGGGUCGCUUCUCAUCGCGGCUCAAUCUCAGCAGAGCAUGGCCUAGGUCUUUUGAAAAAGCCAUACAUUGGUUACUCAAAAUCCCCCGAAAUGAUUUCAUUAAUGAAGAUUUUGAAAAAUGUCUUUGAUCCUAAUGGAAUUAUGCUACCCUAUAAAUACGUUUAA